AUGACACAUUCUAUCAAAAGAGAUAUUGACACAUUUGUCGACGAGAAAGCAGCAAGCGUUUACAGCAACAGGGGCGAUACUAGUGGUAACUCAAGUGAUGAUAUCCCUUUCCAAAAGAGCGAGGCAGAGAAAAAGCUCGUCAAAAAGCUGAAUUGGACGUUGCUUCCAUUUGUAGGCGCUAUUGUCUUUAUUCAAUUCGUAGACAAGUCUACAUUGGGCAUCUCUGCUGUCUUGGGCAUCAUUGAAGACACGCAUCUUACAGGCUCUCAAUAUAGUUGGCUUGGUUCCUUUUUCUACCUCGGCUACAUUAGUUUCCAACUGCCAAACAACUACCUGAUUCAAAAGUUUCCCAUUUCCAAAUACCUUGGAACACUGCUUAUCUUGUGGGGUGCUGUGAUGGCGCUCACUUCACUGUGUCAUAAUUUCGCUCAAUUGGUAGUUUGCCGUGUUUUUCUGGGUCUCUUUGAAGCCGGUACUUAUCCGUGUCUGCUCAUCAUCAUCAAUGCAGUCUAUCGUCGCUCUGAGCAAUCUGCUGCUUAUGGUUUUCUCUGGCUCAGUAAUGGCACUGGAACAAUGAUUGGUGCUGCAUGUGCUUACGGUAUCUCUUACAUUGAUAAUGCUCGAGGCAUUCAUUCGUGGAAAUGGCCAUACAUCAUUUGGGGUGCCUUAACUGUCCUCUUUGGUGUCAUCUGCUUCUUUUUUCUUCCUGACACGCCUCAAUCGUUUAUGUUUAGACUCACUGAAGAAGAGAAACCAAUUGUAUCUGAAAGAAGCAGAGACAAUUGCGUUGUUCGUGUACAAAAGAUCAAGAUGCACCAUGUCUGGGAAGCUCUACACGAAGUGCGAUUGUGGUUGAUUUGCUUGGCUUGUUUCUUUAAUAAUUUGUUGACUGGUGGCGUUGUCGUCUUCAAUACUUUGAUUGUCAAAAGUAUGGGUUACUCUAGUCAAGAAUCUAUCCUAUUCCAAAUUUGCAGUGGUUGCGUCUCUGCCAUCUUUUCUCUGGUAGCUAUCUUUGUAGCACGUAGAACGGGCCAGCUCUAUCUCGCUGUUGUCGUGUGUACAUCUGUAUCAUUGGUCGGUGUCAUUCUGUUGGCUGCUCUUCCGCCUAGUGGUGUCAAACUCUUGGGAUAUCUGUUAGCAUGGGCAAUGGCGGGAAGCCAUAGCACCUUGCUGACAAUCAUUGCAGCCAAUGUCAAUGGAUAUACUAAGAAGAUCUUUUACAAUGCCAUGUAUAUGAUUGCUUUCACAUUGGGUAAUUUUGUGGGCCCCUUGGUCAUGCUUGAAAACGAGGCACCAAAUUACAAAACUGGUAUGAUUAUCUAUAGUAUUGCCAACGCAGGUGUGCUUGUAUCUCUCUUUAUUAAUCGGCAAAUCAUGGCAAGACAAAAUAAGACGAGGAUUGCUAAUCCUUCCAACGAUGUCAUUGAUGUCAAUGAUGAUUUGACAGAUCGUGAAAAUACAACAUUUAUAUACAAGCUCUGA